CGUCGUACACGUAUUGUUAUCGUAUUGUUAUAGUCACAAUCUAAACAAGUCUUUUUAAAUCGAGUGAAAUUUUUGACUAUUCUUGCGUAAAACCAGUGUUAGUAAAUCCAAUUGUUGGCUAAAACAAAAAACCGUCAAAUACUGUGCCGCCAGGAGGCCGUAUACCGUUCGUUUAUCGUAUAGCAGACGGCCGACAUCGGUUAGCCAAAAUGAGUGAUAUCCAAACAUGGUACAAACAGGUUCCUAUUUUUACACGACUAUGGCUGUCGGCAACGGUGGCCAUCAGUUUGUUGGCCCGCUUUGGACUUCUACCGCCUCAGUAUCUAAUUCUGCAGCAGGGUCCACUUUUUAGGCAAUUUCAGCUGUGGCGCCCGAUGACAGCCGUAUUUUUCUAUCCGCUUAACCCAGCCACCGGAUUUCACUUUAUGCUGAAUUGCUUUUUCCUGUAUAACUAUUCACUACGCUUAGAACAGGACCACUUCAAGCAGAAGCCAGGGGAUUAUUUUUUUCUCCUCUGCUUUAAUUGGAUAUUAUGCGUCAUUAUCGGAUUGCUAGUUGACCUACCGAUACUUAUGGAUCCAAUGGUACUGUCCGUCCUGUACGUCUGGUGCAAGCUGAACAAAGAUGUAAUUGUCAACUUUUGGUUUGGAACUCGCUUCAAAGCGAUGUAUCUACCAUGGGUUCUUUUGGGUAUGAAUCUAAUUCUGUCGUCAGGAAGCAUUUUUUCAAUUGUCGGUAUCCUUGUGGGUCACGCCUACUACUUCCUGAAGUUCAUUUACCCACAAGAACUAGGAGGACCGAGGUUGCUUGAAACACCUGCUUUUAUCAAGCGAUUCUUCCCGGACGUUCAGGGCGGAGUGCACGGAUUUGGAGUUGCUCCAGUGGGCCAACGAGCUGCAAAUCCUGUACAGCAGCAGCAACAACAACAGCAGCCAGGUAAUGGAUUAUUUUCAAGAAAUUCCUGGGGUCGCGGUCAGGUGCUCGGACGAGAAUAAGGUAAUAGAUAUUUUGUGCAACGCAACGCACACGUUCUAUCCAACUGCGGGAAUGUAAUGUAUGCAAAUCAUUGUCACUGUUUAGAACAUCACGUAUCGUGCAAUGUAAAUGUUCAGUGAAAUCUUUCCUGUUUACGCGUUUUUACAAUCUCUGGAACAAAUCUAGUAAGCAUGAACGGGAUUUAUUAUUGUGAAUUAAUAUAACAUAAAUUGCGAGA